AUGGCACAUUUGCAUCUGAGAUGCCUAUUGGCUCUGGCCUUAGUGCACGUUGUUUUGUCCUCUGGUGUGUUUGAGCUGAAGAUUCAUUCCUUCCACACCGCGCAGCGGAUCUGUCGAAGACACAGGGACUGUCACAUUUUUUUCAGAAUUUGCCUGAAACACCCGGAGGAUGUCAUCUCCGCAGAGCCGCCCUGCACCUUUGGUACCGGACAGACCAACGUCAUCAGAGCCGAUCACACCUCGAUCUCCAGCAGCGCUCCCAUCAGGGUGCCUUUCCACUUCAAGUGGCCGGGAACAUUUUCGUUGAUCAUUGAAGCCUGGAACGCUGAAUCUCCCACUGAAUACACAGACAACCAGAACAACCUCGUGAGCCGUUUGGCGACCAGAAGGAGACUUGCCAUUGGAGAAGACUGGUCCCAGGACGUGCAUUUUGGAGAACAGAGCGAGCUGCGCUACUCCUACCACGUCUUCUGUGACGAGUACUACUUUGGAGACGGCUGCGCUGACUAUUGCAGGCCGAGGGAUGAUACGCUGGGCCACUACACCUGCGACGAGGAGGGCAACCGCAUCUGCCUGGAGGGCUGGAAAGGAAACUACUGCUCUGAGCCCAUCUGCUCAGCGGAAUGCAGUGAGAGGCAUGGCUACUGCGAGGCCCCAGGGGGCUGUACGUGCCGCAUGGGCUGGCAGGGCCCUUCCUGCAAUGAAUGCGUCCGCUACCCAGGCUGCCUCCAUGGGACAUGCAGCCAGCCGUGGCAGUGUAACUGUCAGGAGGGUUGGGGGGGCCUCUUCUGCGACCAGGACCUGAACUAUUGUACUAACCACAAGCCAUGCGCCAAUGGUGCCACUUGCACCAACACAGGCCAGGGCAGCUACACCUGCAACUGCCGGCCCGGCUUUGGAGGUACCAACUGCGAGCUGGAGACCAACGAGUGUGACAGCAACCCCUGCAAGAACGGAGGCAGCUGCAAUGACCUGGAGAACGACUACUCCUGCACCUGUCCUCAGGGAUUCUAUGGGAAGAACUGUGAGAUCAUUGCCAUGACUUGUGCAGACGGUCCCUGCUUCAAUGGCGGCACCUGUGUGGAGACAAUGACCGGAGGCUACACCUGCCGCUGCCCUCCCAGCUACACUGGCUCCAACUGUGAGAAGAAGCUGGACCGCUGCAGCAACAGGCCCUGUCUAAAUGGCGGUGAGUGUCUGGAUCUCGGCCAGAGCAUCUUGUGUCGUUGUCAGGCAGGCUUCACAGGUGCCAACUGCCAGGUUAACAUUGACGACUGUGCCUCAAGUCCCUGCCAGAAUGCUGGAACCUGCCAAGAUGGUGUAAAUGACUACACCUGCUCCUGUACUCUGGGAUACACUGGCAAGAACUGCAGCGUGCGCUCAGAUGCCUGUGGCGCCCAUCCCUGUCAGAACGGUGGCACUUGUUUCACCCACUUCACUGGGCCCGUGUGCCAGUGCCCCAAGGGCUUUAUGGGUCCCAGUUGUGAGUUCACGCUUCAGCCCAGUUUCAAGCCAGCUUUGCGCCAAACCUCCCAACCCUCAUCUACUACCCUCACCCUCUCCUGUGCUCUGGCUAUUCUGGUACUAGUCCUGGUUGCAGGGAUCCUCUACUUGAGGAGGAGGAGGAGAAUGCAGGGAAGGAAGCAGCUAAGAGACACUGCAGUUUAUAACGACUUGGAGACAGUCAACAACCUGGGUGGAAGCGAAAGAGACGCCUUCCUCGGCCCCAAUGGCCUCUUCAAGAUCAGCAACAGCACAGCCCGUCUCAGCCUCUCCCUCUGCCCAGACGGCAGACCGGGCUACAGGCACAACCCUGUGGAGAACAGCCUCUCCAGAGGGGAGCGUCAGGACUUCAUGUGGAGAGAUGAGGCAGGACUGAGAUGAAAAGCGACAAAGCACAGAUUUGAAAAACAGGGAAAGAAACACAUUAGCACUUGUUGCUCCUCUUUCCAUAUGUACAGU